UCGGUUUCGGGUGUUAUAAAGAGGAGGGGCGGGUUUCACCGAUCACGUCCAUCAUGGCGACAUGAAUGUACGAUUCUGAUGACCUGCAUGACUUUUAUGUUUGAUGUUAUUAUGCCAUGUCAUGUUGAUGUCAUGUUGAUGCCCCUAUUAUGUCCUGUCUGCGAUUUCUGUUGACGUCCGACGUCUGUAUCAUUUCUUCAUGCCCCCCCCCCGGGGUUUAUUUUUUUUUCUGAUUGCUUUCUCUGUCGUCAGCUUGAGAUGAGUAGGAAUGACAGAGGAAGGUAUACCCCGUUUGUUGUAUGUCUUGUUUGCUUGCGUCAUUUAUUACCCCAAUCGUUGAUUUCUCCUUCAGCACGUAGUUGGGUCUUCCCAGCUUGUACCCUUGUUAUCUUCUUGAUACCUACCCCGUUGAUGAUUCUAUCAUUGUUCAUGUUUGGUAGAUGUGAUGUGAUGGGUACAGAGCUAAGGAUGCUACUUAGCCAGGAUGUCCCAUCUGUUUACUUACGAUGUUGUUGUGUCUUCAGCGAUUGUCUCAAUACCCUUUCUUCCUCUUCCUCCUUGCUUGUUUGCUUCAAUGUUUUACAUACCCACCACCACUACCCUAGCGAAAGAGAAAAAUGAAAUAAACUCCGAUACACAUACAUAUGAGUAGUAG